AUGAAGGAGGGAGUCAGGGAGCCCCGUCCUCCCAGAAGCACUGAAGUGAGUGCAUCACCAGCUACCGUAUCCACACCGUAUCGGUCGCCUAGAGGCCUCACGCGCCCCCUUUCUCAACGAGAGGAGUAUCGUGCCUUCCAACAACAGCAGCAAGAGGCCUUGUGCAAUCGUGGGAUUCCAGGGGAGUGGAUGACGCCAUUGCCAUCACGUGUUGGUAUUGACGAGCAUGGUUAUGAGGCUCCCCGAGUUACAAAAGAGGAGCGCCGAACAAUGUUACAGCAGGCAUUAGAACGCAACGCAGCAUCGGUUGUGGAAUUCACGGAUGGUGGAGAAAGUGACAUUGAAACCCACGGAAUGAGUUCUAGCGACUUUCAUUCGCGGGAUGGAUGGACGACGAUACCAAAGGAAUCGGCACUGUAUAGCAACAUUUGUGCGCGUGACGAGCUUCAGUCACGCGCGCGUCACAACUCUUGGUCUCUCUCCCACCUGCGAGGACAUGAAAGGGAAACGGGGAACCUGGCAACACCAGGUUCGUCGGCUGAAUCUAUGGACAAGGACUGUGUUUCCGUCGCCUCUGAAGACGUUAUUGAUGCUUCACGAAGACGGCGACAUCAGGACGAAGGUUCCUAUACAAAUGUGUUGGGGGGCGAUUUGUUAGAACCGAACUUUGAGAGCAUUGGGCAGCCGCGCUCAACUUAUGGGAUGCGCAAGUUGUUUGUUGCUGGGCUUACAGGUUACGAAGGAAUGAUCACCAAGGGGGAGGAGGCACUCAUAUGUGGAGAGUUAAUGCUCUUGUUACAGGAUCGGCGCGCUGCGUAUAUCGCAGAAGAAACACGUUACUGCGUCAAUUUGUACGAAAAAGAGCUUGGAAUCCCGGGGAAGGACACACUUGCCUUCGCAAUGGACCGUGCCCCCACUCUACAGGCAGUGCUGGAACGGUUCUUUCAUCUCGGUAUUAUUCCAAGUUUGCCCAACAUAUGCCAAGUCAACGAGAUGAUCGGUAACUUCUCGGGGUAUCCCGUCCACAAGAAACCGCACACAGUAGGACCAUACGUUGGUAUAAUGAAUCUCGUUUCGACCACUGUGAUGCACAUGCAGCACGUAGACAGCCCCUGGUUCCCCCGCAUACAUAUGAGCCCACGGUCCCUUUUCAUCGUGGAACAACCGUGUUUAGGGGAGUACAAAAUGGGUUACAAACAAACACACCAGCCCUUUCACGCCUUUGAAUAUGCUACGCGUGUAUCUAAAGAUUAUCGCAUCGAGGUGAUGUUUGCUACGGUUGAGGUCUCACACAUGCGGUGCCUUCGUGAGGCCGUCGGCCUCACCGACUAUGCACGGGUCAAACAGCUUGAUGGAGGGGGUUCUGACGGUGUUCCAAGGCGUCAGGAGCCUCAGUUGACCGAAACGGCUUCGUCAAAAUCGUGCGUAACACGGAGUGGGGAGGAAAAUGAUAUGUCCUUGUUUGUCGGUUCAGCUGAUAGGUGGAUUGAACGUCUGCAACGUCAGCUUCAUGCGGCUGAAGUCGAUAAUCGUGGGUCUUCUGGGAGAGAGACGGCAAGCGUUCAAGGCCCCUGCCAUGAUGGCAAUUUGCUCAGGGAACAACUACUUGCUACGGGGAGCAUUGGUUCAAAGUCACGACCAUUUGAAACUUCUAACGCAGCGGCGGAAAAUGGUGGAGGAGCGAACCAGUCGAGGCGCCGGAUAAUGGCUCUGAAGGCACGCUACGAGCUUGCAAAGAAGUUAAGAGAGGAGCGUGGACCGGAGGUGUCUAGUGGUAUGCGCGUCAUCAAGGGCCACUCACCGUUGGAAAAGCCAAGGCUGUAG